UCUGGAACAUUGCAUUAAUCAAACGGUGCAAAUGUUCCCCUCAACUUCAUCUUUCAGUCAUAACACAACGCACACUCACUAUGUCACUCCUACGCUACGCUCAUCCUCACUGUGCUUCCAAAUUCCGUUCAACACUGGGCACAACGGCAACCGUUGGGGUAAUAUGGAAGUCACUAGCAGCCACAACAGCAGCAGCAUGAUGUGGUUUUUCAAAGAUAGGGGUUUUGAUGACAACACUGCACAAGGAAUGUUCCGAAGGUGCAGGCGCCUUGAGAGUGUGCAUGAGGAGAGAGCAAGUGAGAAUUGGGAGUAUUUGAGAAGCAUAGGCAUUCAAGAAAGGAAACUUCCCUCAAUUGUUUCAAAAUGCCCCAAAAUUCUUGCUUUGGAUCUCUAUGACAAGAUUGUGCCCACAGUUGAGUGUCUCAAAACCCUAGAAACAAAGCCCCAUGAGGUUGCUUCUGCAAUUGCCAAGUUCCCUCACAUUCUCUCAAACAGUGUGGAAGAGAAGCUUUGUCCCCUUUUGGCAUUUUUUCAGGCUUUGGGCAUCCCUGAAAAGCAAAUUGGGAAAAUGAUACUCUUCAACCCUAGGCUUAUCAGCUACAGCAUUGAAACUAAGCUGGCAGAAUUUGUGGACUUUCUAGCUAGCCUUGGUCUCAGUAAGGAUGGAAUGAUUGGAAAAAUUAUAGUUAAGGACCCUUGCAUUAUGGGUUAUAGUGUUGACAAACGCCUUCGCCCUACUUCGCAGUUUCUCAAGUCAAUAGGUUUGAGUGAAAUGGAUCUUCAAGCAGUGGCUGUGAACUUCCCAGCAAUCUUGAGUAGGGAUGUGAACAAGGUUUUGGUGCCGAAUUACGCGUAUCUGAAGAACAGAGGAUUUCAAGACAGACAAAUAGUUGCUUUGGUGGUUGGUUUUCCUCCUAUCCUGAUCAAGAGCAUCCAGAAUUCGUUGGAGCCGCGGAUCAAUUUUUUAGUGGAUGUAAUGGGGAGGCAAGUUGAUGAAGUCAUUGAUUAUCCUUGCUUCUUUCGGCAUGGCCUGAAGAGAAGAGUAGAACCGCGGUACAAGCUUUUGAAGGAGAGGAAUUUAAGUUGUAGCUUGAGUGAAAUGUUGGAUUGUAAUAGGAAGAAGUUCUUCAUCAAGUUUGGCUUGUUAGAAGGACAUGUCUUGAGUAACUAGAUUUCAUUCAUUCCUAUUUAAUUUUAUUUUAUUUUAAUGAGUUUCAUAGUUAGUUAAAUAGUUUGUUAAUAUUUCUGUCCUCUGAUGUGGAGUCCCGCAACUUUCAAAAGAUUUUGUGAUUCCAUAUAUUCUGAUCUUUUGUUUAAGUUCAUAAUCUUGUUAUCUGUUGUAACAAAGAUGAUAGGUUAUCCAUUGGAUCUAUGAAGGUGAGUCACCAGAUGAAGCAGCUUUUGUCAUAGCUGCAAGGAGCCAAGGACACAAACAAGCAUAUAUUAUUGCAUUGCAUGAAUUAAAUCAUAAAAGUGGAAAAAAGGUUGACAGGUUGGUAAGCUCCUUUUACCAUGUUUUUGUCAUAGUUAUUCAUAUCUUCCCUAUUUUCUGAUGCACUCUCAUAAUUUCAGUGGUCAAAAUUGUCGCCUCGGAUGUGAGAUUAUAUAAUUUUUGUUUCAUAGAGUAGCUCAGCUUCUAUUGUCAACAACGUUUCAUCUGGUUUCUCACUAGAACAAAAUUAUAAUAGGCAUUUCAAAGUUAU